AUUAUUUAUCAUACUAUAAGGUUGUAAUUUCAGCAGUUGUACAUACUGUAUCAUAAGCAACUUAGAGUAUGCUGUUUUACUAAACAACCACAAAAUAGAGGCAAACCAAUUGUUUACUCUGGUGAAAAUAACUGCACGUUACAUAUACAGUGUUUAUACCAGUUUACCUGUUUACCUUUCUCAACCUAUUCAAAAAGACUAUAAGAGCAAGUCUACAGCAUCAGAGAAGCAUUUCAACACUUCUCAAUGCAAGGUGGGUUACAUGGUUCACUGACAGCAGCUUGAUCAAAGUGGACUCUCUCCUGCUCCAGAGAGAGGAGUCAAAACAGCAGCUACAUAUUGUUUAGUAGCUGGAGGUCGAGGUCAAGGUCCCUCUAGACACAGGUUCAGGAUGCUUUAGUUGAGAGGUCAUGGAAACCGCUUUCACAUCCUCCAGACUGCACCUAAAGACCCAGAAGAGGUUGCAAAAGGUCAGGACAUCAGGCUGGAGGACUUCUAUCAGCAGCACCCGGAUGUUACUGUUCUCACUUAGCUCGAGUUACAGCAGCUCAUGGGUGAAAUGGAUGAGUUGUUCACCAAACUCAGAGGAGAAAAGGUCAAGGCCCUAAGACUCCAAUCUAAAAAGAAAUUCCUUGAGGUUGAGAUGUAAAAAAAGAGAAGUUUGAAAGCUCUCCUGAACAUCCAACAACCUGAGGAGGAAGAACAGAGGGAGAAGGACCUUGAAACAAGCCUGACCGAGCAGAGGGAGGAGGAUAACAGCCGCUCUGUACCAGGAACAAAAGGACCUGGAGACUGAAAGAUGGAGGAGGACAAGUCCUGUCUCGUAGAGUCUAUAAAUAAUACCCAGAAGACCCUUUAUGAGAAGAGGAAAAGUGGAUGAAAACAAUGGCAGGAUAGAGACGUCAGGUGGACGAGAUGAAGAAAAAAACAAAUAAGAACUCUCUUUGGAGAGAAUUCCUCUUAUUCUAUUUGAAAAAUAGAACUGGUCUUUAUAUUUUUUUGUGUUUCCAGUUGUUUUUCCAUAUUGUUUUUAUUUGCCAUGUGCUGGUAGAGUUGUGCAGUUUAAAUACCCUUUUCCCUACAUAGUCCAAAAUAAUCAAUAAUUUACAUAAAUCACAAUUUGUAGUCAGGCCAAGACUUUGUAGUUCUAAGUUUCCAUUUUGCUAAAACAUAAUUUGUCAGCAAGAACAGUGACCUUCUUGUAAUCAACUUACAUUGUACUAAUAAUUUUGUCAGACUUUUCAUUUGCUAUUUGACUGACACCAAUUGCAUACAGUAUAAACCUUUAUGUGAAGAUUUAAAUCUUGAUUUUAUUCUCAAUAAAAGAUUUAAGGAUAAAAUUAGAGCACAAAAUAUGAUGGGUACUGCAAAAACCUCCACUUACCAUAAAAAUAUCAUUCCUACACUUACCAUAUAUCCUGCACAGUGAUUUAAACUGUGUUGGACACAAGUCUCAAACAUUAGGCUUUGGUUUUGCCUUCAGUCACAGUCUUUCUCAUUAUGAUUUAGCAAUCAUGACAUGUUUCAAAAGCAAUAACGUGCAUCAGUGCUCCUGGUGAAACUGAACUAACAUCUCCAAAAUUUUCUGACUCCAGCAAGGGUAUGUGGGGUCAUUUGAAAUAUUAUUCUUCAGCCAUUUAUUCUUCUAAUGACUGAAAAAACAGAUGCAUUAUCCAGAGUACUUCGACCAAAGCAUAUCUGUGAUCUAAUUAUACAUGACCACAAGAUGAGGGCCAGCUUUCUGACCUGACCUUGCAAAGGCCCAUGUGUAUUUUGGCAGGUGUUUGUAGGAUAAAAACCUGACGUGUCUGAUAAGAAAUGUGUCUCUCCAUGUGCCACGUUGUCAAACAGAAAGCCCAGGCUUCAGCAAAACCCUCAUUCAUUUCCUUUUUGAAAAGAAACAGCAGGAGACAUCUGCUCUGAGCCAUGUCUGGACUGAACGCAUCUCUUGGAUACUUCCUGGCGUGUGUGAUUUUUGCAGCCUCAGUUCGAGCACUCCUUAAAAAAUGGCCAAGGUUUAGCUUCAUUUUGGAGUUUGCCUCCUCUUUCAUGCUGGUGGGGUGCUGGCUGGAGGUGCAGACCAUUGUGGAGGUGGGUCAGUGGGCUGGGGGCUUGGGUCCUGAUGUGACUGCGACCAUACUGUUUGUGGUGCUGCUGACCCAUGGCGUGAUCAGUGGCGGUGCGUCAGGGAAUCCCAGCCUGGUUGUGCUGAAGUUCCUGCAGCUCGAGGCCACCACCCUGCCCAUUCUCCUCGCUGUUGCAGCCCAGUUUCUCGGGGCCCACCUGGCCCUUUAUGCAGCUGUAUACUACUGGAGCCUGGAGCUGACAGAUAUGCACAUGAUCAAAAACCUGAUGUCAAGAGAGUGCAGCACAUCACUGCUGGCCUCUUUGCUCCAGGGUUUUUUCACUGAGUGUGUCUGUGCGCUCAUCUUUCACCUAGUCCACCUAAACCUGAGACGCAGAUCCGCCCUGAUCCGAGUGCCCCUGAUCGCUGUCCUCCUCACAUUCCUGUCUCAUACUGCCAGAGGCUACACCUCAGCCUUCGUGAAUCCGUCCUUAGCUUAUGGCCUCACCUUCCACUGUCCUGGAUUUACCUUCACAGAGUACGCAGUGGUCUACUGGCUGGGCCCUAUCACAGGCAUGAUUCUGGCUCUUCUCUUGUACAUGGGCCAUAUUCCAAGGAUUUUUGCCAAGAACCUACUAUAUUUUCAGAAGACGCGUUUCAGAGUGCCAAAGGGGGACAAAGGAGAAAAGAAGAAAAUGUGAAAGAAAGUGCCUUUUUCUUUUUUAUAAAUCAACCCUUUAGGAAAGUACACAACAACAAAUGGUCACUGGUCAAGAGAUAUUUACUUUCAAUAUUUCAAGCCUGUACAGAAAAAAAUAAGAUAUUUGGGGGGAAAAAAAUCUUUUACUCGUUCCAUUCUCGUCAGCUGUUUUCAAUAAAAAUAUGACUGAGUCUCAA